AACCUCUCACGUGACUGGUUGGGGAGGAAGGCUGAGAGGUUUGUGAUCCCAGCCCGCAGUGGGUCAUUUGCAAUUUGCAGCUGCAUUCCUAGGGCUGCCUGGGCGAUAGACUCUGAGCAACAGCUGGCUGUGGCGGAUCAGAGAAUGGGCUUCCAGGCUGCCUGCUGUUUCGUGCUGCUGCUUUGCACAGGAGGGUCACUCAGCAAACCCACUCUCAGAAAGGAGAGGGUCGUUCAUCCAGACCCUCAGCUCAGCGAUCAGCUGCACGAAGAUAACCAAAGCUUCCAGUAUGACCACGAGGCUUUUCUGGGCAAGGAGGAAGCCAAGACUUUCGAUCAGCUCACCCCAGAAGAAAGCAAAGAGAAACUAGGGAAAAUUGUUGAUAGAAUAGACGAUAACAAAGAUGGCUACGUCACAACAGAGGAAUUGAAAAACUGGAUUAAGCGAGUGCAGAAACGCUACAUCUUUGAAAAUGUGGCUAAAGUCUGGAGAGAUUAUGACGUAAACAAGGAUAACAAAAUAUCCUGGGAAGAAUACAAACAAGCCACGUAUGGUUAUUAUCUAGAAAAUCCAGAAGAAUUUCAAGAUGCGACUGAUCAACACAGUUUUAAAAAAAUGCUGCCCAGGGAUGAAAGGCGAUUCAAAACUGCAGACCUGGAUGGAGACUCAACUGCCACUCGUGAGGAGUUCACUGCCUUUCUUCAUCCGGAGGAGUUUGAGCAUAUGAAAGACAUUGUCAUCUUAGAAACACUGGAGGACAUAGACAAAAACGAGGAUGGUUUUGUGGAUCAAGAUGAGUACAUUGCUGAUAUGUUUGCACAUGAGGAAGGUGGACCCGAACCUGACUGGGUAAUUACUGAACGUGAGCAGUUUUCAGAUUUUCGGGAUAUAAACAAGGAUGGGAAGAUGGAUAAAGAGGAGAUUCGGCACUGGAUUCUCCCACAAGACUAUGAUCACGCACAAGCUGAAGCCAGGCACUUAGUCUAUGAAUCGGACGUAGAUAAGGAUCAAAAGUUAACCAAAGAGGAGAUUCUAGAGAACUGGAACAUGUUUGUUGGCAGCCAAGCUACCAAUUAUGGGGAAGAUCUAACAAAAAAUCACGAUGAACUAUGAUAUUUUUUACAACUCAGUGUGCCACAGACUGUUCAGUUUCUCACCACAUUAAUGACGUCACUGUGGUUUUUUCCAGCUGAAUAACUUGCACCAAUAUAUUUUUAACAAAGCAGCUUAUUACCUCAGAAACGGGGUAGAAAUAGCCUCUUACUCCGCACCAUUAAAUGCAAGAGCUAGUCACUACGAUUUUAUUUUUAAAAACCCCUCACGAUUCUGAAUAGAUUGCAGUAUCACUUUGGCAAUGAAUGUCUAAGACUUAGUUCUUAGGCUCAUUAGAAGUUUUUCAUAUUUUCUUUAAAUACCGUUGUUUUUCCUAUAGGGAAAUGCAGUUUUGAUCAGGAAGAAGCUUAUUGAAUGUUUAAACAGAUUCCAAGUUUAGUGGGUUUUAAAAAAAAAAAAAAAAAAUAACUAACAAUUUAGAAUCAUAUUCUCCCUUUUCCAUGUAAAGGAGAGAUUUUACUUGAUAAGAGCCAUCGCCUUUUUUCCUCCAUGCUGUAGUCUUUCCUCCUGGUUGGGUCCAGAGGUGCUGAAUGAAUAAGACCUCUUGGAAUACAGGCAUGUGCACCAGCCCUAUGGAUCUUAACCAUUUGAGCGCGACACCUACAACUACUCACUGCCCCCAGUUCCCUUUCACUAAUCAGUAGCAGCACAUCUGUCACACUGGCUGUCACCCCAAGGUUGUUCUUUCAUGAGGACAAUAGAGUCCAUGUUGACAGUUAUUACUACUAACAGCAGAGGUAAUAUGGGAUGGUUGUGGGCUGUUGGUUAUGCUGUUUCCUGAGAAGAAUUACGGCACAUGGACCUGUUUUUCAACUCAUCCCACACUUCGUAUGAGCGACACACUCCACUUUUACUAUGUAGGGCCUUUGCUGACUCAUUCAUGUCACAUGGAAAAGAAAUGAGACAUCUACCCUCUGGACCCUUCUUGAGAUUAUGGGCCUUCUGUUCUCCUCUGUGCUGCAUCAGGGAUGCAUGUGGUUUAAAGUGCUGGUUUGUAUAUAUACACACACAUUUAUAUCACCAAAUUGUACCAUAGGUGGAUGGUUUUCCUUUAGAACAGUAAACCUUCCAUAUGGCUGCAUUUUUUACUGUAUAAUAUUAGCUGUUCUUUAUUAUAUACAUGUGUGUGGGUUUUUUAGCCCCUGUACUGAGUUGACAUGCACAAUAAAACCAUGACUUUCUUUUUGAUACUAUGAAGGUGCAGAAAUGUUAAUAGAGGAGUCAUGUGGGAGGGGGAAGUAAAGACAGGAACCAACAGCAAGCUUUUAAACAGUAGCUUCCAAAACUGUGGUCUCUAGACCAUAGAUAGGCCACCAGCAAGUGCUUCAUGGUCUACAGAGAGCUGGCUGGACACGCGCCAUGGUUCCUUCUUAUUUCCAGCUGAUAAUAUAUUUUUAGCUUCCUGUAGUGUGAUUUAUGUUCCAUGUAAACAAUUGCUGUAGUUAGCAGUAGGUUCUAAUUAGAUCACCAGUGGCAGUGGUAUUUAUCCACAUGUGUGAAUGGCAGGAGAGGCAUCCACCAGACAUUCCCUCUAGGAUGUGUGCUCCAUGUUUUGAAAAAAGCUUGAAAACCCCCAUUUUAAACACUGGGCAGAGUCAUUCUGCUGGUGACUCCACAUUUGGGGAUAUUAUAUUUGGAUGCAAAUUUAUUUCAAGGCCAGCUAAAAAAUUAAAAAGUGAUAAUCUAGGCCAGAGGGGAAAAAUCCUUAAAAACACAUUUCUACUUUGAAAAGUGACUAAUAGUGACUAUGUAAAAAUGGCUCCGUUUUAUUCAAUGGUGCAAAGGCCUUGUUCUAAUCCUCUGCAUGAGGUUGAAUUUCUCCCCCUGUGCAUAUUCUGAAUUAUAUCUGGAGAGUUAAAACAACAGAGAAAAGUUGGGCUCCUUUUUACUCCAAUUGGCAAUGCAGAGCCAAUGCAGCUAUGGGAGAAUGAGCUGGAGUCUGUUCUGAUUUAUGCAUUAUCAGUCAACAGAAUUGUCAAUUAAGUUCCAAAUUUAGGCUCAAAUUCUUUCUUCAGUUAUAACUAUGUGACUCCAAGGUAUACAAGCCAUGCAUGGGUAUCACUGGGGGUAUAAUCUGCCUUGUAUAGUCUGGUAAUAUACUGGUAAUAAUACAGUGAGCCAGAAAGAACACAGCUUUUAUCUCUGACAGAUGUGUGUGUGUUUUUUCUGUUUGGUUGUUUUUUGUUUUUUUGUAAACUGAGCAGAUUUGUUCUGGAAAUUGCUGAAAAGGCAACCCUGGAACCACCUCUUCCAUAAACAAUGUCAUUUUUACAGGGUUACUUUUCAGAGAACAAGUGCAAUUUAGGUCAUCCUCUGUUUCAAUUCAAACCAGAUUCCAUCUAGUUUUGGCUAGUAUAGAUAAUCUCGAUAACAUGUUGUAGCUUCUUGGUUUCUGCCUUACUAUGACAUUGCCUAAAAUGUCUGUUAAAACCCCGGCUUCUUACACUAAAAUGCAGUAGGACAAAAUGUGAUAAGCCACAAGCAAACACUUUUGUCUCUGCUCUUCCAGUACCCAUGAGUCAAAGUGAUGCUUCCAUGCAAUGUUAUCUGUGAAACAAUAAAACUGUGUGUUGGCACAGAAACAGAGUUUC